AGAGGAGGACGUUAAAUGAAUGAGAUGCGGGCUGAUAGAGACCAGACAGGCGGGAUGGUGAGAGGAUGAACCGGUCGAUGGAGCAUCGGGAUCAUACAUUAAAUCCUAGUCUAACGCUUGGCUUGAAUUGCGUGAACAAUCAAGCGAAAAAUCAGAUAGUGAAUUAAAUCAGCUGGUUUAUGAGUGCACAUACAUUCUGUCCUAUAUCUCGGUUGACGUCGGUGAAGCGGAGCGUUUUCUCGGGAGGAUGGUGAUGUUAAAUCGUGGAGUAUGCAGCGAGUGUUUUCUGUCUUUUCUCCAGAAACACCGGAGAUGAAGCCCUCUCUUGAAGGAAGACGUCCACCAUCGCAAAGAGGCGUUAAAGAACUCUCUAAUACCAGACUUGGUGGAGGGAAUUUAAUUUAAUGGCACAGCGGACUGCAAGAAAGAGCCAGCGACUGAAAGGGGGAUUAUUGAACAGUCGGGGUAUGGUGUAUUUUUCCGGCUGAGGAUAACCAUCUCUACGCGUACCAGUUCGUCCGAUUUCCCAGCUCUACAACGUUAAUCCCCGUUUGUAAGGAGUUUUAUUGAGCUAACGGCGGCAACUACGAGUUAGCUUUUCUUCCUUCCUGCAUCAUGCAUGCACAGACACGUUUGCUUCGGUGAAAUCACCAAACAAAAAUGCACCCAAGGGCGUAAUACCAACGACAACACCGCCGCCGAGCUCCAUGUCCGGACUGAGAACCGAACCGUGGCUCCGCCGGCCGUGAAGCCACAACAAGCAGAGCGGCUUUAGAGACAGAGAGAGAGAGGAUCAAAAGCUGAAGGCAGCCUGCAGCCUGCUCACACCGCCCUCAAGAGACCCCCGAGAGGAUCAUUUUCGACUCAACUAAAGCCACCAAAAAUUCUGCAAAAAUGGGAGAGCAGCCCAUCUUCAGUACCCGGGCCCACGUCUUCCAGAUCGACCCAAGCACCAAGAAGAACUGGGUUCCCACCAGUAAACAUGCCGUCACUGUCUCCUACUUCUACGACAACACCAGGAAUGUCUAUCGAAUCAUCAGCCUGGAUGGAUCUAAGGCCAUCAUCAACAGCACCAUCACCCCCAACAUGACGUUCACCAAGACGUCGCAGAAGUUCGGCCAAUGGGCCGACAGCCGGGCGAACACCGUCUACGGCCUCGGCUUCUCGUCGGAGAGCAGCCUGGCCAAGUUUGCAGAGAAGUUUGCCGAGUUCAAGGAGGCGGCGCGGCUAGCGAAGGAGAAGUCUCAGGAGAAGAUGGAGCUCAGCAGCUCUCCCUCUCAGCAUCCUCAGGGUGGCGCUGUAAAAAGGAAUGUGUUGUCAGUCAACAAACCUGGUAAAAAUAAGGAGUCGGCCCCAGGUGAUCUGCUGUCACCUAUGACCCCAGAGAGCAUCAACGGCACAGAUGAUGAGAGAGUCCCACCGGCCACACCUCAGCACGCCGAGCCCAGAGCAGAGCCUUCCCAGAAUGCACUGCCCUUCUCACACAGUUCAUCCAACAUCAAUAAGCACUGGGAGGCGGAGCUGGCGGCUCUUAAAGGGAACAACGCCAAGCUGACGACGGCUCUGCUCGAGUCCACGGCCAACGUCAAACAGUGGAAGCAACAGCUGGGGGCCUAUCAGGAGGAAGCGGAGCGGCUACACAAACGGGUGACGGAGCUGGAGUGCGUGAGCGGCCAAACCACAGUGAUCAAAUCCCAAAAGACAGAACUCAACCAAACGAUAGAGGAGCUGGAGUCGGCUCUGAGGGCCAAGGAGGAGGAGUUGGAGAGUCUUAAAGAAGAGGUGCAGAGUGCCAACGAGUUUCAUCCUCAAAAAGACUCCCUGACACAGAAGCUACAGGACACUGAGUCGAUGAACCAGGCGUUGGAGGCCCGGCUGAGCGACCUGGAGCAGCGUCUGCAGAGCAACCAGCAGGAGAGGGAAGCCUUCCGCAAGAGCCUGCGCUCGCUGCUGGAGCUGCUGGACGGGAAGCUGUUCGAGCUGACGGAGCUGCGGGACGCGCUGGGGAAGCUCAUCGAGAGCAGCUAGAGUGACGAACGCAGACGCAGACGCAGCCAGAGAGACCAACGCAGCCGCAGCUACACAGAGAGGAAACGACCUGCAUGUUGGCACAUCACGUCGUCACCGACAUGUAACUUGAAUUUUCUUUUCUUCACAUUUAUACGUGUAAAAGUUUACACACGACUUUAUGCAUUUAAAAAGGUACACAUUUGUGUUUUUUUUUGCUACGGUACAUGUUUACAAAGAAACCAAGUAAAAGAGGCUUUGCUUGGUCCAUGCCUUCCCUCCACUCCGCUCUGGAAUAUUCUUAACACGCGUUUCUUUAAUAUCAUGCCGUUUGCGGGAACAUUUUGUCUUUAAUGAAUUAAUUGAAGGCGAGCUGCGCUUUCUGUUUUUGGAGCUUGGCGUUGGUGCAUUGUGCGAACAAUCACCUGGAGCCGGUGAUUGUUCGCUUUUUUUUUUCUCCUCAUCUUCUUUCUUUCAUCGUCCGCCAAAACGAACACUAGGGAGUCAGACGAGAUGGACUCCAGCUUUUCCUACACUCGGAUUCAUUUUUAUUCAGUUGAACUUUGGAGGUUUGAAAGGGGCUUCGAAUGUUUUGAAGAGACAAAGGUUCCUCCUGUGACUAUAAUCAACCGAGGGACUGCCAAAAAAUAACAAAAAAAGACGGACGGGUGAGGACUCUUGUCUUAUAUUCUUAUACAACAUGUGAGCAAUACAAAAAAGGGAGCUUCAGAGGGUAAAUAAACACUUUCCACUCUCACUUUCAGGUACUUUUACUCCUCUCUCGGAUAUGUUUAAACCACAAGCGAGAUUUUAUUCACUUUCUUUCUAAACACUUUUUUUUUUAAAGAAUAUAAAUUCAUAGUGCACUUGUAAAAAUGGAGUUUGUGUAUGAGUGAAUCUCUCUCUCGUUUCUGUUGCGACUUGAAGUGCAAAGAUUGAAUCCUUUUUUGAUUUGUUGUUAAUUUAUUACUAACUGUUACUGAAGAUGAAAGUUGUACACGAGCAGAGAUCUUUAUUUGCAUCUUGUUUUCACUUAAUCUUAAAUGUCUGGUACGUGGGUUGUUGAGGUUGUUUUGUUUUUUGGAAAAACUGGCAAUAUUUUUGAACUAUUUAUGAAGAUGAGAAUAUAAAGAAGGCAAUUGCUGGUUGGAUUUGCAGAGAAUCUUUUUUUCUUUUGCCAAAUGUUUUCCUGUACAGAUUUGAACUGUUGCCGACAUAGCCGCUGGCCCAGAGACGCACCAACGGUACUUUAUUUUUUUGUGGGAUUUACUAUUGCCAAAAAUUCAGCGCCGUUCAGAGGAAUAAGUAUAUACACACCUGAAGAACACUAUUUAAGGGCUUGUUGUUGGUUCGGGUACAUUUGGGAGACUUGAAAUGAUUUUAGCGGUGACUUUAUCAUGUUGAAAAUUAUGAAUAUUACAGCUUGAAAGGAAAAAAUAAAACAUUUGAAUAAACUUUUAAAUGUUGAUUAUACCACAUGCUUAAAAACACAAAUUGUAAUUUUGAGUUUAUAGUAAAAGAAAACCAAAUGCAA